ACCAAAAAAUCUUCCAGUGUCAUUAUUUCUGUGUCUUUUUGUUAAAUCUUUUAAGCUCCCAACAACAAUACAUUUCCUUAUCUCUUGGGUUCCCUCCAGCACUGAUUACCCACUCAACACAGUUGCUCGAAGAAGGAGAUGAGUUCCUCAAUUUUCAGCCCUGUUUCACCCCCAUCUCACACCAUCUUCAAACCCAAUCAAAACCCUCUUCUGCAGAUAAACUCUCCUCUUUCAAAGCGAGUUUCAUUUUCGAGAAGAAGAAACUGUUUAAAUGGAACCAGGGCUUUGCUUUCCGCCACCAAAGACACCGUCCUCAAGGAUUUUCAUCAAAGAAGAGCCCUCAAAAUCAUCUCAGGGUUGCAGAAUUUGGACAGAGAUAAUGUAGCUGCCGUUGUUACAGCUGCGGAUAAGGGAGGGGCAACUCAUGUGGAUAUUGCGUGUGACCCGGAUUUGGUGAAACUUGCUACUAGCUUGACUGCUCUUCCGAUUUGUGUUUCUUCUGUUGAUCCAGCAGCAUUUCCAGCUGCCAUUGAAGCCGGAGCCUUAAUGGUCGAGAUUGGAAAUUACGACUCAUUCUACGAAAUGGGCUUGACUUUCUCAUCGGAGCAGAUCCUGAACUUAACUAAGGAGACCAAAAGGAUUCUUCCAUCUGUCGCACUAUCGGUCACUGUACCUCAUACGCUAAGCCUUCCUGACCAGGUUAAGCUGGCAGAACAGUUGGAACAAGAAGGUGUUGAUAUCAUCCAAACUGAAGGAGGAAAGUGCUCCAGUCCUUCAAAGGCUGGUAUUCUUGGUUUAAUUGAAAAGGCAACACCAACACUUGCAGCAGCAUAUUCAAUUUCACGGGCAGUCAAAAUACCAGUAAUGUGCUCAUCUGGACUAAGUUCUGUGACUGCGCCAUUGGCGAUCACAGCAGGAGCUUCUGGCGUGGGUGUGGGCUCAGCAAUCAACAAGCUGAACGACGUGGUGGCUAUGAUUGCCGAGGUCAAAAGCAUUGCAGAGUCAAUGAGCUUAUCAACUACGGGAGAAUACGUGUUUCAAGAGAAUAAUCUAAGACUAUAAUGGGGAGAAGUUUCGGAAUAGGUUAAGGAAUCUUUGAUCGCAGCCAAGUUAAAUAUCUCUCAGCUAUGUUGUGCUACUUAUCACUUUUGGAUGUUGAUGUUGUCACGGGGGAAAGCUUAGCAUUUAGUUGUUAGGUUAGAGCACUUUUUAACUUUUGAAUCUUGAUUAUCUGAGGAGCAGGCUUUCAUUGAUUAGGGAUGCCUCCCUAUUCACCAAAUUAAAUGAGAUUCUUCUCUAGAGUUUUGAAAAUUGAAUCCUACUUUGUCCAAUCAACCAGACGCUUAAUACCAGGAGCAGCAAUUUUGUUAUGCA